UUUGUAUACCUAGUGAUACAAUGUCUGUCAGUGGUCAUUAAUCUGGUGUAAUUCCUAACUUUCCAUCUGUGAGCUAACGAUUGUAGCUGUAAGUAGUGGUUAGCAAACUCCUAUGAAUUUUCACAAGCCAAAGACUAUCUAUAAAGAAUGUGUAAAUACAAUGUUUUAUUAUAUCCAGUGAAAUAAAAAACAAUGUCAACUGUGUUAUUUCUGAUCCAUUUGCCAUUUGAUGAGAAUAGUCGGUUAAACAAGGAGUUAUCUGGUAAAGAUCUUAAACAGACAUACCUAGAUGAAGUAGAAGAAAAAAUUGAUGAAGAUGAUGAUGAGUACAUAUUAAUGAAGGAUAAUAAAAAUGUUGAGGAUGCAUUUAAAUCAGAAAAAGACAAGAAAGAUCAGACUGAUGGCAAUUUAGAUGAGAAAGAUCAGAGUUGCGACAUAAAAGAAGAAACUGCUUCAGUAAAACAUGAAUCUGUGGACAAAAAACUAUCAUCUGAUUCAACAACGGAAUUAAAACCUGUUGUCAAAACCAAGAGUGCCAAAAAACUUUAUAGUAGAUUUCUUUCGUACGAUGCCACAGGGGUUGCAGUAAAUAUUUUCAAAAAGAAUAAAAUUACAAAGGCUUCAUGGCAGAGAACUGAAAAUGGUGAAUAUUGGCAGGUGCUAUUUCCACUUGAGUCAAAACGCUCUGAUGAAAUACUCAAUCAAUUGCUGACAGCUGGUAUUGGGAAUAACAAUUUCUCUUCUAUUAGCAUUAUUCCAGUGACAGUCAAUUUUCCAUCAAUGUUAUUACGUGGUGAGGAACAAGACCAAAAUGACUCUUUACAUGGUGAUCAAAGUGAGCUGAGAAAAAGUGAAAUGACACCAAAGAGAGAACAGUUCUUUCAGUCUAUCAAAUCCAGAUUGACAGUUGCACAGGUAAUAGAUGUUGUUCGUUCUGGAUCACAGUUAACGUUUGACUAUGUUAUGUUAAUCGUAAUGGCAAGUUUGAUAGCUGCAGUUGGUCUAGUUGAGAACAGUUCAGUAUUGUUAGUUGCAAGCAUGUUGGUCUCACCACUCAUGGGUCCAAUCUUAGGUGGUACGUUUGGUAUUGUACUUCGUUAUAAAAGGUUGUGGAAACCAGGAAUAUUAAAUGAGUUGCUUGGACUUAGCAUAUGUUUAGUAGCAGGUUUUAUUUUUGGUAUAAUAUGUGGGUCGGGUGUACCUGGAUGGAAUAAAGUAACACAAGAAAUGGCGUCUAGAGGUGCUUUGCGUAGUUUAUAUGUUGGAGUGAUUGUUGCGAUCCCUUCAGGAGCAGGCGUAGCACUGUCAAUACUUGGAGGUAACGCUGGUUCUUUGGUAGGAGUGGCCAUAUCUGCGUCAUUGUUACCCCCUGCAGUCAACGCUGGCAUUUGUUGGGCGUUUGCAAUUAUUAACGCCAUCACAAAGGCGCAGCCAAGUAACACUACUGACGUAACACAAGUAAAAGUGAAUCUCGAAGAUUAUACACCUGGUCAGCUUGGAGAGAUGGGUGCUAUUAGCGUCACAUUAACAGUGGUGAAUAUCUUCAUCAUAUUUCUGAUGGGUGUUAUCAUAUUGAAAGUUAAGGAAGUUGCACCGCGUACUGGAACAGCUGUGACGAAAGAUUUUUGGAAGAAGGAUUUAAAAACAACAAGAGAAUAUUUAAAAGCGCACACGAUGGAUUCGACUAAAAAAAUGGGAGAUAAAAUUUUAGAAGAAUGGGGAAAACUUGAAAUUCCUAACUUCACCACUAUCGAUACUGUUAAACCGGAAGAAGGAGCUCGUAUUGUGCAGGAGCUAAAAAAACGCAUCAAAGCGUUAGAAUAUGAACCAACCUUUAAUGGUAUAGUUAGACGUUUGCCUGGAAAAGUGUCGGGAACAGUCAUCAAGCAACUGUUCGAUGCACCCCAGGGGAAAUUAGAACCAAUAUCUCGCUUCCAGGUGACUAAAGCUUACAACCUGGGAGCAACAACCUUCCAUUCCAAUUCUCGAUUCACAAUUAACACGUUGAAUGAAGACACAGCAAGUGUAAGCGAAAAGUCGAAGAAAAUGUCGACUUCCUCACAGCCGUUGUUGUUGUCGGUUGAAGAUACGGAAGUUUAGUUUUUAUAAGACGAGACGAUAUUAUGUGCACCAGCGUGAUUCAUUACAAUAGACCAGCCAGCUAUUGUUAGCCUGCUAUAAAAUUCAGAUAAAAAAUUAAGACUUCGCUCAUGCGGUGGUAUUUUUUUCGGGGUUAUUUUUUUUAAUUUAAGGGCAGCAUAUAUUUUAAGGAUAAUUUAAAUUUACACUUUUAUCAUUUCACAUAUAUUUAAUGUUAACAUAAUUUAUAAAAACAUGUUUUUAUGUAAUAUUUUCUUCAAUCUUUAAUACUUUUAUUUAACAAAUUUUAUAUGUUUCAUAGAAAGUAUAAAAAGGAUACGCGCAGACAAA